UGCGUACAAGCGGUGGCGCCGGGGCUGCCUCGCGCCCGCGGCACUUGAGGUAAAUGGCGGCGGUGUCAUGGAGGAGAGUAUCCAGUAAUGUGGACAGCAAAUGAAAUUGCAGGUUUGUGCUACGAGCACUACACCACCAAGCUCCCAAAGAAAGGGUUGCCAAAGUUUGGAUGGGAAUGGACACUGCUUGCUGCUGUGGUAAAAGUUGAAGGAAAUAUAGGAACUGAACCUGGCUGUAGCAGUGAGAGUAAUGAUGUAAACUUGGAGGUUGUUUCAAUGGGCACAGGGUCAAAAUGCAUUGGACAGUCAAGUAUGAAGAAAAAUGGUAAUAUCGUUAAUGAUAGCCAUGCUGAGGUGAUUGCCCGACGUGGAUUCUUGAGGUAUCUAUAUUAUCAACUGAAACAAGCAUUUAAAGACAAAGACAGCAUUUUCACUGCAGGCAAGGAAAAUCGAAAAUGGCAUCUCAAGCCACGCAUUUCCUUUGUGUUGUUUAUAAGCCACACUCCAUGUGGUGAUGCUUCUAUUUUCCCAAAGGUAGAAAAUCUAGCUGCUAAAUCAGGAGAUGGUGGAGACCAGUGCUCACAGCUCACAGCUCACGAUAAUCAAGUCACCAACAACGAACAUUUAAAAAAUACUGAAGAGAAUACAAACAGUAAAAAACGGAAAUAUGAUGAAAGUGCCACAGAGACUUGUGAAAAGAAAGUCAAACAGGAUAUUGAAAGUGGAGACUUGGUGUCUGCAAGUGGUACCAUUAUUGAAAGAAAACUUACACCAUCUAAAAAAGAAAGCAGCAUUGUUGCGACUGAUGUUAAUAAAUGCAUUCAGAUAGCAGAAUAUUCUAAUAAAAGCCAGGCAAAAAUCAACGUUUCUGACAUACACCGAACGGGCGCUAAAUGUGUUCCAGGAGGAUUUCAAGAUCCCCUUCAGGCAGGAGUUAACUAUCACUGCGUGGGAUCAUUAAGAUUGAAACCAGGAAGAGGAGACCGAUCAUCAUCAAUGUCCUGUAGCGAUAAACUUGCACGAUGGACUGUUCUUGGCUGCCAAGGAGCACUUCUUAUGCAUUUUUUGGAAGAACCUGUUUAUUUAUCAUCCAUUGUUGUAGGACAGUGUCCCUACGGUGAGGAAUCCAUGAAGAGAGCUAUAAUUGAUAGAUGCUGCAACAUCACCUCACUCCCCAAAGAGUUCAGGAUGCAGAAUGUGGUGUUGCUGCAGUCAGACCUAGAGUUUGUACACAGUCGCCAUUCAGUGCUAAGGACCCAUGACCCCAGCAAAGGGAGACUCGUACCUUGUGCAUCAGCAGUAAGUUGGUGUGCUGUUCCUCACCGGCCAUCAGAUGUCUCUGUAAAUGGCUACAAGCAAGGAGCGACAAAAAAGAUCCUUGGAACCCCACAGGGCAGGUGUAUAAUAUGCAAAGCUGAACUUUUUGAAGCAUUCAAAGAGCUACUUCUGUGUCUUGCUGAAGAAGACUAUCCAAUAAUCCUCAGAAAGAAUAAGCCAAAAACGUAUUGGGAUUUCAAAGAGGCCGCAGCAAAUUAUCAAAAAGCCUGGAGUGAGCUUCAGAGGCAAGCAUUCAACACCUGGGUUAGAACCCCGAGAGAAUAUCUUCAAUUUGAAUAAAAAAUAAUAAAAUGGUAUGAAUAACCCAAUUCAAACCAGCCUUGGAUGAACAAAUAUAUAAGACUCUUAGACCUAAAUCUGUGUCCUUACAUUUGGAAAACUUGUAGACGCUAUUAAUUUGUAGGAGAGAUUUGAAGCAAUCAAUAGAUCUUAAGUUAUUUAUCUAUAAAAGUUACAACCUGUCCAGGUUGUUGCUUACCUUAUAAAUAUAGAAUAGGCAAGCGACAAAGAUAAAGGUUAUAAUUAUGUACAUAGUGUGGUAUUGUAAUUAUUAUAUAUUAUAAUGUACUAAUGACACAGCAUCAGAAGAUGAGACAGCAUCAUAAUUAUAUCCUCUAUGAUUUUUAUUUGUAAUUUGUUGCUUAAUUUGGGUUAAAUUAGUAUCAAUUAAACCAUCCUUCAGAUUGAAAACAAACAACAAAUUUCAUUUGUUUCAUCAAGAGUUUACUGCAAAUCUACUUCUUUGCCAUGCCUUCGUGAAAUUAUAUUGAUUGAUUCUGGCCCCAAAAAACUUGUUUAUAAUAAUGUAAUCAUACUGCAUCAUGACCUUAACCUUUACAUUGUAUGUUUUCCCUAAGUGAAACAGUUUGUUAAAUGACUUGUAUGUGCUGCUUUAUACUGCUUUAGAGUUUAUGGUUUACCAUACUGCUUUAUGGUUUUAUUUCACUAUGUUAGUUAAAAAUAAUGGCCCAAGGUGCAGGUUCUGCAUAAUUUACAGACAAACUACAUUGUCUCCUGAUUAGAGCUCCACAAGGCCAUCGGCCCAUCCUCUCCGCUAAUCAUUCAACCUUAAAAUCGGCAUCUUUGCCGCCAAAUAUCUCAACGAACUUGUUCGGCCCUACAUCUUUGAUCUCCUCUGAUCCUACUCCAGCUGAGCUGGGUAUCCAGUGGAUCAUCCAAAUUAUUAGCGGUGUGCUGAACUAAUAUAUAGGAAGAUUGCUUCUUUUCCCCCAUAAUGCAGAGUGGCAAGCUGUACUUUUUACAUUGUUCUGCAUUAAGCGAUUAAAUUACGACCAUCAUAA